GGCUUACGAGUUCCGCCCCAUUACACCAUGGAAUCCAUGGUAGAGGCAGUUUUUGAAUCGAAGUUAACUUAACUGUGGGCCAAGGAGAACUUAGAUUCUGAGCAUGUUGUGAUUUACCAAUGUAGUUUAAACCGUUAUUUUGUAAGACCGCGUUUAAUAUUUUGGUUCAUGGACCCGUUGAGCAGUGUUUAGCGAAAGCUUGUAGCUAGCCGCGGCGUAAGCUACCGUUAGCCGUUUAGCUAGGUAAAGUUAGGUGGCUAUUGGAGAUUCGAGGUCGUUUGCUAGUUGUUGUUACGUUGAACUUUUGCGAUAUGCAUAACAUUGACAUGUGGUAUUACUAUAACGUUAUGCUUUUUUUCUACAUUUGCAACUUCUCACUGCGAUAAUUUGGGGUGGCUGUCAAGCUUCCGCUAACCGCGUUAGCUAUCUCUUGCUUUGACAGUGUACAAAUAACGGUCAACAGAGAAGAAGUGAAAGUGCUGUCUGGUAUUAAAAUACCCGAUAUCUUGUAACGUUAGUUAUCGCUACUUGAACAAGCUAUUACGCAGUACAGAAUGCUGCUCUCCCUUGUUGUGCACACGUACUCGUUGCGGUACUGGUUUCCUGCAGCGGUUAUGAUAGGCACAGCACCGGCUUAUAUACUGUCAUGGGGUACUUGUCGCUUGAUUUCGGCAUUCCUACCAUCAAGAAUAUUCCGCAGGAUGGACGACCACCUCUAUAACAUCUACCAGAGCCUCGUCCUCUUUUUCUUUGAAAACUAUACCGGGGUGGAGGUGAGUAGGCAUACAUUUCACUUAGUUUAAGGAUACACUGACUUACAGCUUGUGAAGUAUCUUGUAUGGUGACAAGUUAUUACAUGAUGUCACCAGAGAAAGAUAGUAUUAGGUCUAAUGGUAUGUAGUAAGAGUGUGGUUGUCAUUAGUGCCGGGCUACUUGGCCAGUACUAGAGCUCAAAAUAAUGGCUAAUUUAAUGCUGAGAAAUGAAUGUGGUCUGUAUGCAUAUAUUAGGCCUAUACGAGACUGGAACAUUGCAUAAAGGCAUCCAGUUUUACCUGUGAUAUGCUGUUUUUUUUCACCAGUUUUUAAAAUAUUUUUAUUUAAUUUAACUGGGCAAGUCGGUUAAAAAUCAAUUCUUAUUUACAAUGACGGCCUACUCUGGCCUAACCAGGACGACGCUGGGCCAAUUGUGUACCACCCUAUGGGACUCCCAAUCACAGCCGGUUGUGAUACAGCCUGGAAUCGGACCAGAUGUAGUGAUGCCUCUAGCACUGAGAUGCAGUGCCUUAGACCACUGCGCCACUCGGUUUAUCAGUGUUUGUCUGAUCAGUCAAAUAGGUAACUUCACAGCCACCCUUUUGUCGUUCAUCUUGGUGUUUUCUAUUUGAGCCUAGUCUGGUGGUGAUUUAUUGUGGGUGUUCUUGAAUAUGGCUCUCAAAAUGAUAUAAUUGCACAUAUGCCUACAGUAGGAAUACCAGUAGACCCAUUGAAGACCUGGAGUCCUGUAAUGUUACAAACAUGUUAUCUUAUGAAGCACAGCAAUGCCUCAGGUGUUUGAACAGGUGACAAAGUUUUUAGACACCCCCUUGAUUCAUUAUUAACAGCUUGUAUAAGGCUAUUAAGAUGAUGAGAACAGUUUAUGAAAAAAAAACGGAGACAUGGCUGGUGUGCCAUUGGAUUUCUCAGCGCCAAGUGGAUUUUCCACGACAAAAUCCUCGGUGAAAGUCUAAUUACAAAGAUUGUUAUUUAUGGAGACAUACCAAAGGAUAAAGAGAAUGUGGUCUACCUUUCCAACCAUCAAUGCACAGCGGACUGGAUCAUUGCUGACAUGUUAGCCAUUAGGCAGAAAGCACUUGGCCAUGUGAGAUAUGUCCUGAAAGAUGGUCUGAAGUGGCUCCCAUUGUACGGAUGGUAUUUCUCUCAGCAUGGAGGUGUCUACGUGAAGCGAAGUGCAAAGUUUGACGAGAAGGCAAUGAAAAAGAAGCUCUCUUCACAGACAGUGUUGGGAACACCAAUGUAUCUUGUCAUCUUCCCAGAAGGAACCCGAUACAAUCCUGAACUCAAGAAGAUGAUCAGCGACAGUCAGGCUUUUUCCGCUAAAGAAGGACUGGCUGUCUUGGACCACGUUCUGACCCCAAGAAUGAAAGCCUCGCACGUUGCCAUAGAAACCAUGAGGGACCACCUGGAUGCUGUGUAUGAUGUCACCGUGGUGUAUGAGAGAACACUGGGCACAAGCAGUGAAAGACAUCCUGCCCCAUCAAUGCCAGAAUUCCUGUGUAAGGAAUGUCCCAAAGUUCACAUCCACUUUGAACGUGUGGACGUGAAGGAAAUUCCUCCGGAGUCUGUGUUUUUCCGCAGGUGGCUGCACGAGCGAUUUGAGAUCAAGGACCAGAUGUUGACUACUUUCUAUGAGUCUGAGGAUCCAGACAAAAAAGGCAGAUUCCCUGGAAAAGGUCAAAGGUCCCAUCUGAGCAUUACGAAGACGUUGCCAUCGCUGCUGUUUUUGGGCGGGCUAACACUGCCAAUGCUGUUGACGGAGUCUGGCAGGAAACUCUAUGUCCGAACCUGGGUGUAUGGGACUCUGUUGGGAUGGCUCUGGGUGAAUGUUAGUCCAUAGGAUGCUCAUGGUGGUCAUCAAUGCCAUCUGCUAUGGCUAUGGAAAGACCUUGCCCUUUCACUCACCCAUCAGGCAGGGGGCGUAUGUUUUUCGAAACAAAGCACUUGUUGCUGUUAAGGUUUGGUUCUUCUAGAAUUCUGUCCAAAUGGAUUGCUCAUUGCCUACCUAACAGCUGUAAGAAGAGAGAUAGGGAGAUGGAUAGAGAAGCGGUUUUGUUUGUUGUGCUGCUGCUUCAUUGCUCUGGUUGUGUGCAUCAACUUGCAACCAGAUAAGGUGAGAAAAAUAGAAAUGGGGAUAUUGUAUGUAUUUCUUUCCUUGAAUUUCACCCUUAUCUCAGCCAUAAAGUAUGAAUAGACAGAUUUUAUUCCCUAUACCAUUUAGCCUAUUACAUAAUUAAAUUCUGUGCUUUUGCAUAUCCAGUGUCCAGCAUCCCUUUUCAACAUUAGUUUACCAGAGUUAGGGUUCAGCUCUCUGUUUGAGAUGAUAUGCUGUGUUCAUGUGCUCUUGGAAUUAUUAACAACUCGGGACUGAGAAACUCUCAGAAUGUUCAUAACUCUGAGUUGACAAUGUCCAAAAAGUUAUUUAUGAGCAUUCAAGUAGGAAAUAGGAGAGGGGAGAUAACAUGCAUCGUCCUCUGAUCUUUCCAGUAAGAUACUUUAGAGUUUCUUAUUCCGAGGAGCAUGUGAACCCAGCAUUAGAGAGCAGAUUUAAUUUUCAGUACUAAUUACAAAGUACUCAUUGCAAAAAAGAGUGAUUAGUGUUUAUUCAAUUGUCCAAUGAAUACAUUAUUGAGGUUGAUGGAGUGUUUAGGUCUAAGUGAUGGUUACUUAGCCAUGUGUUUAAAGUUCUCCUUUUUAUUGCCCGGUUACAACGUGUCUGCUGUAUAUGUGCUUCGUUUGAGUUUUUGCAAAAGUUCCACAAAUUGUUGCCAAACUCUACAAGUGCAGGGGUAUCAAACAAGUGUUUUAGUUGGAGGAAUGUAUCUGUAAUCAGGACAGCUGUACCUGAGGAACCAAUAUUGUAUUUUUUAAUUGACCUAAAGAGCUUGUUACAGAGUCAUUUUUGUAUAUGCUGCCUUUGCCAUGUUACAGAUUACACAAAAGGUAGAGAUAGCUAUAUAUUGAGAAGGCCAAUUGUAGUGUAUCACAAUAUAGAAUUCAUAUUCCUUUGUUUACAAAGUCAACUGUAUAAUAUGCGUAAACUAUUCUAAAAACAGUAAUAUACUGUAUGUCCAUAAUUUUUCAUAAUGAAAACAACUUUUUCAACUGUUGUCACUUGUUGGUAUUCUUAUUUUAUUGAAUAAUUAAAGUGGUCUUCCAAUAUGGAUUAAAUUAGCCCAUGGUAAUUACACCUGCCAUACCAAGGUCUCAUUUACAUAUCCUUCCUUUAAAUAACAAUGUGGAAUGGCAAUAGUUUAAGAACUUUCAUUCAUUCAAUUUAUUUUGUUUAAUUCUGUCAACUUGAUAAAAAAAAACUGAUUGUAAAUAAUCAAACAAUUCUGGUAGACACUAUUGUGCCAAUUGAACCCAGAAAUGUGUGCCUUCUACCAGAGGAGUUAGUCCUCAGCUUCCACCCAGAGGACUGCACUGGGACUCCAUCUACUGGACAGCACUGGAAUUGUUUUGCACAGCAUAGUUUAUUGGUGUAAUUGUCUUCAGUUAUGAGCUUUUGGUGUCAGUAGUAUGUGGUUGAAUAUUGUUUUUAAAGGACUUGAUUUUGAGAAACAAAAGUAAUAUGUUUUAGUUAUUUCCUUUUGUAAAUAAAGUACCUCUUGGUGUUUCAUCAAGUAAGAG